GGGCGUGAGUUGAGUUUACAUUCAGGGCACGGAGUGAAAACACGCACUAUUACACACUCUUUAACAACCCAAACACACACGCAUUACAGGAGGACAGGAUAAUGGCGUCUGCGAGUGUGGUGGGGCAGCACCCGGGUCCGCACAGACUGGACUCGGAACCUCAGCUGCUGCUCUUCAAGCUGCCCGGCAGAAAGAAAAUCACCCUGCCGAGGAAGCCGUCCUGGGAGAAGAUGAUGUUCAGAAGAAGCUCGGGGGUCAGUGGGGAGUGUGUGUCGGUCGCUGCUGAAGGAGCAGCUGGGACUCAACCCUCGUCUCCGGGACUGGAGGGAGAGACGGCGGCAAAAGGAGGGAAGAUGCCCGGGGAAAGAUGCGCUGCUCCGGCCGCCCCUUCUGCGCCACGUAGCCCGGGCCGGGACAGAGAGCAGGGUAGCACGGACUGCGACAGGUGGACCGCUCCAGAGAGUCGAACCGGUGACAUCUCGAAUGACUGCAACAGCAACAUCAGCGGGGACUUGAACCACAACACAGGGGGACGCAGGGGGACUUCGCUCAAGAGGUCUUGCAUCAACGUCAUGACAGGGGGAUCUGGAGCGCACCGGCACCGGGACGCGCCACACGGGAGAGCAGACAGCGGCAGUCUUCAGCUGGACAGGCUCACUCAGGGCAAGACUGGAGUCGUCAGGCUGGCUCGCACAGAGCCUCACCGCCGGGAGGCCUGGUCCAUCUUCCCCAGGUGUUUGGACCCCAGAGUGAGGACCGAGAGAGGAGAAGGACAUCGGUUCGAGGCCAAGCCUGUUACGCAGGACUGGUGUGACGCCUGCAGCCGCCAGAUUACCGCACAGGCACUCAAGUGUCAAAACUGCAGCUACACCUGUCACCUGGAGUGUGAGAGCCAGGUUCAGCUCGACUGCAACCAGAAGGACAGAGACUCCAAAGAAACUCCAUCUCCCAGAAGCCACUGCUACUCCAAAGCUGCCCGGCACAAGCAGAAUGAAACAAAAGAGGAGGAGGAGGGAGGAACAAAGGAGCUGUCAGAAGAAGAUGUGCAGAAGAGGAUAGAAGAGUACAACACUCAAGUGUCUGAAAAUGGCAUGAAACUGGCCUCAGAUGGAUCCUACACAGGUUUCAUUAAGGUCCACCUGAGGCUCAGUCGACCUGUCACAGUCCCCGAUGUGGAGGCGGCGGGCUCAGAGGGCGAGUGCAGGCAGACGGGAAGCAGCAAUCAGUUGCCAUCAGAGUUCCAGGAAGACGGUGGGCAGAGUGAGAAGAGAACGUCCUUCUACCUACCAUGCGACUGUGUGAAGCAGCUCCACAUCAGCUCACUGACCACCACCAGAGAGGUGAUCCAGGGCCUGCUGAAGAAGUUCAUGGUGUUGGACAAUCCUCGAAAGUUUGCGUUGUACCGGCAGACGCAUCGCGACGGACAGGAUCUGUUCCAGAAGCUUCCUCUGUGUGAGCGUCCUCUCCUUCAGAGGUUGAUAGCGGGGCCUAAUCCAGAGCAGCUCAGCUUCGUCCUGAAGGAGAAUGAGACUGGAGAGGUGGAGUGGCAUGCAUUCUCUGUUCCUGAGUUACAAAACUUCCUGGUAAUCCUGGAAAAGGAGGAGGCAGAGCGUGUGCGGGCAGUGGAGCAAAAAUACACUGUGUACCGAAAAAAACUACAACAGGCCCUACAACAACAUGACCCCUGACCCCCCCCCCCCCACCUGUUACCUUACGACCUCAGCCCAGGGAGAGACUGACCUUCCAUCUAUUCUGAGGCUUGAGCCGAAUUCAGAUGCUUCUUGACCCUCCACAUAUAUUCACCCAAAACAUACAGUGCAUACACACACACACACACACACACACACACACACACACACACACACACACACACACACACACACACACACACACACACACACACACACACACAUGCAUACACUUUCUCAGGACAAACCCCCUCGAUCCCCCAGUUUCAUGCAUCUACUCCCUGAGGAGAGACGAAAGCGACAUGAAAGACUUCAGGGUGUGUGUGGUCUGCUUGCUAAUUGGACAAGUGUUGUUUUCAUUGCCAAGGCCAGACGCACACACACACACACACACACACACACACACACACACACACACACACACACACACACACACACACAGAAAGCUCACAGCACGAUCUGAAACUUGAAAUCUCAUUAGGGGACGGAUAAGAACCACUGCUGUUUCCCCCAUCUUCUGCUACUGUUGCUGCUGCUACUGCAAGUGUUACUUAUGCAUGAGUCUCUCUCAGCUCAUCCCCCUGCACAUAGUGAGAAUUACAACAGAAGGCAUGAAUCUUUUUUUUAGCAUCUCCUGGAGAUGGAAGGACAAUCAUAGAGUGUUUUUUUUUUCUUGGAUUUGAUGUAUAAUUUUGAUGCAGAAAUAAAAGGCAUGGGGAAUUGUGAAGGAGGUGUGUUUUAAGGGGGGCUUUGCUUUAAGGAAUGGUGAGGAAAAGAAGUGAGAUAUAGUCUCUGAUUUCCUUUUUCUCGUCAAACCUUAAAAUGUAAAGAAACCAGUUCCACCGUAUACAGCUCCUUUUAAGACCAUUUUGUUCAAAAUUUAAAAAAAAAUUAUUUGUUCUUAUCAUUCCAGUGAAUUAAUCUCAAUCUGACUCAGAAAGCAUCCCCCUGCUCAAACACAAACCUAUUCUCAAAUCUGGACUGCAACUUCUUUUGUUCCAAUCCCAUCUUGCAUGAUCUCAAACCUCCUGAGCGAGGAGCUCCACACACCAUUGUAUAAACAUUCUUUAUGCUGUUAUUGUGCAUAGAUUGCAUUUGAAUGUGUGAGGAUUUUUACACCAAAGCAUUGAGGAGAGAUUUAUUGGCAGGAUCUUUAAAGGGAAAAGAGAACAUUUGAAGGGUUUGUCUUAUUAAAGGUGGUAUAAGUAGAAAUUCAACCAGUUUCUGUUUAUUUUGCACAUUUAGACGCAGGUGACUGAAUGGCCCACAAUUCUCAGACUGGGCCAGCAUUUCUGCUUCGCUUUUCUUUUAUCUCCCUGCCUUCCAUCUCCUUUAAAAAUAAAAAAAAUCAAUAUAAAAUCAAUAUUAAUGGCUAUGAAGUACCAAUGACGUGGUUGCAAUGCAUAUGUAUGAUGUAGACACUGGGAAAAGAGUGACAAGGUUUUAUAUGGUGAAUAUACUUUUGUUAUCAUUCCUGCUGGGUGGUGUGUGUAUGUGUGCGUGCGUGCGUGCGUUUGUGUGUGCGUUGCAUGCUCAAUCUAGGGCAGUGAGGACGAUGUGAAUAGUGCUUUGUAAUGAGUGUCUGUGUGUGAUCAGCACUCCCUCACUGGGCAUCACUUACUAGUAUAAAACAUGAAGAAAAUCCACUCUGAAAAGAGAUUGGUUAGCGUGCUUCAUUUAAUUGAUAAAAAUGUAUAGAAAGUACUGAUUAAUAAGACCUGUUGUCCAUAAGCACAUAACUCCUCCUCAAUAAAUCCACACAUGCACAUGUUUUUUCAAUCCCCACCACCCAAAGUCUGAGCUGUUCCUGCUGGCAGUGCCUUUUGUUUCAUGUGCUCCGGUGCUUGUCUGUCUGGUGUGUUUCAGCACACACGUGCCUGACUGGAUGUUUGUCUGGGUUCUUUUGCAUGUGUGCAAAUCAGUGUGUUUUGGGUGGUGUAGUGUUGUAUAUUUAAUUUCCAUUUUCUUUCCCUUUACACACAUGUCCUUCCAGCAAUUCCUUUGUGUGUGUGUGUGUGUGUGUGUGUGUGUGUGUGUGAGGUGCGUGUUAUUUAUUUCAUGGUCAAACACAUCCAUGUGAUAGUAUGUAGAGGAUGAUGAGUCUUAAUGCUUUUUAUUUGCGAUUUGUUUAGUUUUAUUUGAAGAAGUGUGUAUAACUAUAACAGUAGAACUGUACAGAAUAUUCAAAUGAAAUAAAAAGGUCAUCCCUUUACUGGAA